AUGACAGUAGAAACUAGAAACGAAUGGUAUAACCUUGUCGCUGAGUCAGACAGAUUUGUUGUUGAAGGCAAUGAAGCUUGCCAAGAAAAUAUCUCUCCAGCUCAAAGAUACACUGUUAACUUUUCAAAACUUCACUAUGAUGAUUUUAGUCUAAGCAACACUACUACAAAUGACUUUGAGUACCGGGACACAGGAGCAUGCUUCUAUAGAAAUUCAAUUUUAAGUUGUGGAGAUCAACAUCAAAAUUGGUUUGGAAUUAUUCCCGGAGAUGGUGCGGUGGCUAUAAGUUUAGUUAAGACAUCUGUAUAUUUCUACUCCCAUCUUGGCAAACCAAGGCCGCAAUUCAAUCACUUGAGUCAUAAAUCUACUGAUAACUUAAGCAGCGCAGUGGCAGGAGAUACAAAUUUAGUAUCAUCUGCGGACAGUCCUGUAACCAAUGGUCAUGAGGCGAACUUGAAUUAUUUACCUGCCUGGUUAGUGAUUGUUCGACGUGAAAAGGGUUCUGAUUUACGCGGUUGUGUAAUAAACAAAACUCAUAUACAGAAUGAUAAAUCUCUUUGUCCCUUAAUAUUCCAAGAACUAAAUACUGACGCUUUUAGCAAUAAUAAUAAUAAUCAAGAUGACAAUAAAUCUCUUACGCUUGCAAUGACAAAUUCUUUAAUAACUGAAACAACACUUACUCCGAAUGUUGCUACAAUGUCUGCAGUAACAACGACAGGUGCCAUAGGCAAUGCACAAUUAAAUGGCAAGAUAAAAAAACCAACGAAAAAGCUGUCAAUAAAGAUGAAAAGUGCUUCAGCUGGUAAUAUACCAGAAGAAUAUUCAUUAUUACAAUAUUUGGUGAAAAAUGAAAAUAUUAUGGAAUAUUUAAAACCCGGUGUACGAGACAGAUCAGUGUAUGAAAAAUUAUUGAAAUUGGAUGAAAUGGAGUUACUCAAUAAUCACAAAUUUGGAGUAUUGCUGUGCAGGAAAGAUCAAUCGACUGAAGAAGAAAUGUAUGCCAACGAACAUUCAACUCCAGCUUUCGAGGAAUUCUUGAAACUUUUGGGUCGUAAAGUUCGCCUGCGUAAUUAUUCCGGAUAUACAGGUGGACUGGAUUAUAGAAAUGACACAACGGGAUCGGAAACAUACGUAACCGAAUUUCGUGACUGUAACAUUGUCUUCCUUGUGUCAACUCUACUUCCAUAUGAACCAAAUAAAACGGAACAGCUUCCCAGGAAACGACAUAUUGGCAAUUCAUCUGUCACAUUUAUAUUUGCAGAGGAAGGUGCUAUGCCAUUUCAACCAGAUACUAUAAUAUCGGGAUUUCAGAAAGUGUUCAUAAUAGUUAGACAUGUUCGUUUAGAAAACAAUAAAUUCGCCUAUCGGGUGGCAGUAUGCCGGGAAAAGAAUGUACCUCCGUUUGGGCCAAUCAUAUCAAGUGAUUACUUAUUUGAACAUCAUACUUCUUUUGCUAAUUUAUUACUAACUAAAGCUGUGAAUGCAGCGUAUGCUGUUUUAAAGUAUUCAAAGUUUCGUGAAAUCAUGCAACGUUCACGAAGUGAUUACCUACAUCAGUUCUGCAAUGAACACAUAAUAACUACGGACAGUGAAAAUCCUAAACAAAGUAAAAUCCAAAUAUACCGAAGAAAUUCUCAAGAGAAGCUAAAACAAUUAAAAAAUUCCUUCAAAUUUCGAGGAAGUACAUUCACAUCAGUGGAUCGAGAAACAGUACCUGUGAAAUAUAAUCUGAACAAGGCGAAUUCAUUGAGUCAAAAUUUGCCUGCUGGUCGAAAAAAUAGUUUUACUUCUCAUUCUAAAGUUGCGGACAACUUGCAAAUAACUCGUCAACGCGUUAAACGUAAUCAUUCAGAAGUAUUGAAAUCUACUUUAAACUAUAAUGAUAAAAUUUCAGAACAAUCAGAAGAAAAUAUUCACCUAUCUAGUACAUUUCAUAGUCUACUGGAUUUCGGACAAAGUUUCUAUGUUGGCCUUAAAAAGUGGCAGAAGAUAGAUGGGUGGCAUUCAGUUAUGGAACUGUUUUCUAAUUCAUUACUUGCAAAUAAUGAGGACUAUACAAUGCAGAAUUCCAUCUACCAUUCUCAACUAUUACGCAAUCAUUAUUUCGAGACACAGAUUGGUAUUAGUCGAAAUUGGCUGUUAAUUUUCACACCGUACACUAUUUCACCAGAAUUAGCUAACAAAGUUUUACUAGCUAUCCCUGUGGUUUUAAUAUUCGCUUAUUUAUUUGAACAUAAUAAAAAAGUGCUACGAAUUUAUUUUGAUUGUGGACAGUAUGUGCAGAUUCAAGAUAUAUAUGAUUCAUCGGAUUCAAAUGGUCAAAAUACUCUGGAACAACUAAUAAGUUUUAUUUCUUAUUCGAUUUAUCCCAAAGUAUUGCAACAGUGUUGUCAAACUACAAUCAAAGUCAAAAACACCACAAACAGUUUCAAUAAUGUUGAAAAUCUUAAUACCUAUGAGCCUAAAGUUGUUGGUACUAUCAAUCAUGUAAAGCUACGAGAGACAAAUUCAACAACCCAUCAUGCCAGUGGGAUGAAAACUUUAAAUGCCACCACCAAGCACUGGUCAAUAUCAGAAUUGGGAUUAAGCCUAUCCUGUUUAAGUCCAAUAGAUGAUCACAGUUCCACUAAGACUUCCUAUUCUUCGCCAACUUCCCCUUCAUCCCUCAGUUGUAAUCCAUUUCCAUAUAUUUUAAACUUCCGCAAAACAGACAUGAAUUCCCACUUAUGUAAACAUACAAAUCAAAUUGUUCUGCAGAUUGGAUCCUAUCAUUUACCAGAAUUAAUACGUAUACUACAAAGUCGAAAUUCACUUUGGUGUUUGCAAAAGUUAAACAUAUCUUCACCAUUCCCCAAUUUAUAUUUCCCUUUAAAUUAUGAUUUACACUUUUCUACACAUUUAUUAGCUUUAUUAAAUAAGCUGAAAUUUUCAGCAAACUUUAAACUAAUCCUGUUUAACUUGCCUGAAAAUGAAAUAUUCAAUCGUGCCCAGCUACGACAUCAUUAUCAUCGUCAUAAUCAUUUGAAAAAACGUAAUCAUAUUAAUAAUAAUAUUAAUAUAAAGAAUGAAAUGCGUUUUUCACAUCCUCAGCUUAUCACAGAUAAUUAUUUGCACGAUGAUGAUUAUACUGACACUGACAAAUGUCCUGAAGAUUAUAAAAACUGUAUCAAUCAUAUCAUGAGUGCUUCAGUAAAUUUAACCUCAUCCGCAUCAAAUAGUGUACUAUCUAAUAACUUACCACACAUCAUCCAUGUUUCGAAUGCAUAUUCAACUAAAACUUCCCUCACACCAACAGCUUCCUUAGGCUCCUGGACUUUGAAUGGGACUGAUCGUUCCAGGAGCUCCUUAUCACCUGAUGUCCAACAGACAUUUCCUUCUGAUUUAUACCUGGAUUCCCAGUAUCAGGAAGUCAGUAAUUUGGUCACAUCAAAAGACAAAAGUAGUCCUGAAUUCAGUCUAAACAUUGAUUCUACACAGAAUUUAAUUGAAGCAGCAAACUAUGUUCAAUCAAGAAGAAGAACAAGAAGACCUGAACAGAUUUUAACGACAAAAUUAAAUCAAAUGGAUCUGUCAACUGGUAAUCUCUCUAGUAAGAGGGAUGCAGAUUUUGACGGUGAGACCAAAGUGAAAGUAACUCAAGAGAAUAGUCAAAUUAAAUCAGAUAAAGAAACGCCCAUAAGUGAAAUACGUGAUCAUUCUAACCAGUUUAGAAGAAACACGAAUAAUAAGACUCCUACAUCACCAGCACGUAUGAGUAAAAUCAGUGGAACAUCUUUGUGCACAGUUAACACAGAUUCACCAAGAUAUGCCACUGACCUUUCACUUGAUAGCUCAUCAACUUUAGACUUCAAUGUGACACACAUCCCUGUCAAAUGGAGGCGAGCUAAAACAGAAAAAACGAAUUCACAAUAUUGUACAGAUGCUAAAAUCGUUACAGUUCGUCGACUAGAAGCAACUGGAACUAAUGCAUGGCAUACAAAAAAUACACAUCCUACACUAAACAGAACUCAUAAGGUCGAACAUCGGUCAAACAAAUUAAAAGCGAACAGUAAUAAUGAUAUUAAGUGUACAACUCCAUCUCUAGACUACAUACCACCAGCAAAACAGAAAAGCAGGUUAACAAUAACUAAACAAACGUUCAUACAACCUGAAGAUAUAUGGAAACCCGACAGUACCAAAUAUAAUGUCACAAAUCACUUGUCUGAUGUAACACAAUUAAGUGAAAAUGAGCUGAGAAAUCGUCUGCAACGAAUAAGUAAAGAACUACACGUUGAACAAUCGCGCCGUUAUUAUCUCGCUAAUAUUUGUGCAGAUUUGCUGGAGGAGAAUCGUAAGCUUCGAACUGGUCAGUUGAAUGCGGUGGAUAUGAGAAGACAACAAACUAAUCACGCCAUUCCCAUCACCACCACUACUGCAACGAUAUCAGCUCAACCAAAUGAAUCAAUCCAGAAGAACGGUAAUGAUGCGGAUAGGAAAACAAUGUCGGGUCUUAUCGACAGUAAAAUCAAACAAACUAGUAGUAGUAACCCAAAUUUAUGGAACAGACCAAAAUUAAAAUCAUAUAAAUUUGAUAUUGAGACAGAUUUGUAA